AGGCCGUGAUGACGCACAGGCGUACGCUCGGUGGCUCCUCGGGUAAGAUGGCGGCUGCAUCUUUGAAGGAGAGGAAUUGAAGAGUGAGGAGAAGGGAAGGAGGGCCAGACCGGAGAGACGUUCCCUGCGGCGCCAAAGGACGCCGCGCUCGCGGUUAGGAGCUCCUCCCGGCCCCCCACGUGACUUAGUAGGAAAACAUCACCAUGGCUACAGAAAUUGGCUCUCCUCCACGAUUUUUCCAUAUGCCGAGGUUUCAACACCAGGCUCCCCGACAAUUAUUUUAUAAGCGACCUGAUUUUGCACAGCAGCAAGCAAUGCAGCAGCUCACCUUUGAUGGAAAACGAAUGAGAAAAGCUGUAAACCGAAAAACCAUAGACUACAACCCCUCUGUAAUUAAGUAUUUGGAGAAUAGGAUAUGGCAAAGAGAUCAGAGAGAUAUGCGGGCAAUUCAGCCGGAUGCAGGUUAUUAUAAUGAUCUGGUCCCACCAAUAGGAAUGUUGAAUAAUCCUAUGAAUGCAGUAACAACAAAAUUUGUUAGGACAUCAACAAACAAAGUUAAAUGCCCAGUAUUUGUUGUGAGGUGGACCCCGGAAGGAAGACGAUUGGUCACUGGAGCUUCUAGUGGGGAGUUCACCUUGUGGAAUGGGCUGACUUUCAACUUUGAAACCAUAUUGCAGGCUCAUGAUAGCCCUGUGAGGGCCAUGACUUGGUCACAUAAUGACAUGUGGAUGUUGACAGCAGAUCAUGGAGGAUAUGUGAAAUAUUGGCAAUCCAACAUGAACAACGUCAAGAUGUUCCAGGCACAUAAGGAGGCGAUUAGAGAGGCCAGUUUCUCACCCACGGAUAAUAAAUUUGCUACAUGCUCUGAUGACGGCACUGUUAGAAUCUGGGAUUUUCUUCGUUGCCAUGAGGAAAGAAUUCUCCGAGGUCAUGGUGCUGAUGUGAAGUGUGUAGACUGGCAUCCAACCAAAGGGUUAGUCGUUUCAGGAAGUAAAGAUAGCCAGCAGCCAAUCAAGUUCUGGGAUCCCAAGACUGGGCAGAGUCUUGCAACACUCCACGCCCAUAAAAACACCGUAAUGGAAGUGAAGUUAAACCUCAAUGGCAAUUGGCUCCUCACGGCAUCUCGGGACCAUCUCUGUAAGCUCUUUGAUAUCCGAAAUCUGAAAGAAGAGCUUCAAGUAUUCCGAGGUCACAAGAAGGAGGCCACAGCUGUAGCCUGGCAUCCUGUUCAUGAAGGACUUUUUGCCAGUGGAGGAUCUGACGGCUCUCUGUUAUUCUGGCAUGUUGGGGUAGAGAAGGAGGUAGGUGGGAUGGAGAUGGCCCACGAAGGGAUGAUCUGGAGUUUGGCUUGGCAUCCUCUGGGACAUAUCCUCUGCUCAGGCUCAAAUGACCAUACCAGCAAAUUCUGGACUCGAAACCGGCCAGGUGAUAAAAUGCGAGAUCGAUAUAAUCUGAACCUUUUGCCUGGCAUGUCAGAAGAUGGAGUGGAGUAUGAUGACCUGGAGCCUAAUAGCCUGGCAGUGAUCCCGGGGAUGGGAAUACCAGAACAACUGAAGUUAGCUAUGGAGCAGGAACAGAUGGGGAAAGAUGAAUCAAGUGAGAUUGAAAUGACAAUUCCAGGCUUGGAUUGGGGCAUGGAGGAAGUAAUGCAAAAGGAUCAGAAAAAAGUCCCUCAGAAGAAAGUCCCCUAUGCGAAGCCCAUUCCUGCUCAGUUCCAGCAGGCCUGGAUGCAAAAUAAAGUCCCAAUUCCUGCUCCAAAUGAGGUGCUGAAUGACAGGAAAGAGGAUAUUAAGUUAGAAGAGAAGAAAAAAACCCAAGCAGAAAUUGAGCAAGAAAUGGCCACAUUACAGUACACCAACCCGCAGCUUUUAGAGCAACUUAAAAUUGAAAGACUUGCACAGAAACAGGCUGAUCAGAUCCAGCCUCCUCCCUCAUCUGGUACCCCUCUCCUGGGACCUCAGCCCUUUUCUGGACAAGGUCCAAUAUCUCAGAUUCCUCAAGGUUUUCAGCAGCCUCAUCCAUCUCAGCAGAUGCCAUUGGUGCCUCAAAUGGGGCCUCCAGGUCCGCAGGGCCAGUUCAGAGCCCCAGGACCCCAGGGACAAAUGGGACCACAAGGCCCUCCAAUGCAUCAAGGAGGUGGGGGCCCACAAGGAUUCAUGGGACCACAAGGACCCCAGGGCCCUCCCCAGGGACUGCCACGGCCUCAAGACAUGCACGGUCCACAAGGAAUGCAGAGGCACCCUGGACCUCAUGGCCCUUUGGGUCCUCAAGGGCCACCCGGACCUCAAGGUAGUUCUGGUCCUCAAGGUCAUAUGGGCCCUCAGGGCCCACCAGGACCACAGGGUCACAUUGGCCCCCAAGGCCCUCCUGCUCCUCAGGGUCACAUGGGCCCACAGGGUCCUCCCGGUACUCAAGGAAUGCAGGGACCACCUGGUCCCAGAGGAAUGCAAGGACCUCCCCAUCCUCAUGGGAUACAGGGGGGCCCAGCUUCUCAAGGGAUCCAGGGACCUCUGAUGGGACUGAAUCCAAGAGGCAUGCAGGGGCCUCCAGGACCUCGGGAGAAUCAGGGUCCUGCUCCUCAAGGGUUAAUGAUUGGCCACCCACCUCAAGAGAUGAGAGGACCACAUCCUCCAAGUGGAUUGCUGGGACAUGGCCCUCAGGAAAUGAGAGGUCCUCAGGAGAUGCGGGGCAUGCAGGGCCCCCCACCACAGGGCUCAAUGUUGGGCCCUCCCCAGGAACUUCGAGGACCUUCAGGUUCACAAGGGCAGCAGGGGCCACCCCAGGGCUCCUUGGGACCUCCACCCCAGGGUGGCAUGCAAGGACCCCCUGGACCUCAGGGACAACAGAACCCGGCAAGAGGGCCACAUCCAUCUCAAGGGCCAAUACCGUUCCAACAGCAGAAAGCACCUCUGCUAGGUGAUGGGCCCCGGGCCCCCUUCAAUCAGGAAGGACAGAGUACAGGUCCCCCACCCUUGAUACCAGGCCUAGGGCAACAGGGUGCACAAGGCCGCAUCCCUCCUCUGAACCCUGGACAAGGACCUGGCCCUAACAAAGGGACCAAAGGGAGAAGGGAGAGACAUGCAAGUGGCCUACCAUCCCCUCCUGGAUUAGUUGCCACCACCAGCACAUCACCGUUUGUAGUGGUGACACUCGAGGCCCUCCCAACCAUCACCUGGGCCCCAUGUCAGAGAGGCGGCAUGAGCAGAGUGGUGGCCCUGAGCAUGGUCCUGACAGGGGACCUUUCCGGGGUGGCCAGGACUGCAGGGGUCCUCCUGACAGGCGUGGCUCUCACCCUGAUUUCCCUGAUGACUUCAGACCAGAUGACUUCCAUCCUGACAAGCGCUUUGGCCACCGGUUACGGGAAUUUGAGGGACGAGGAGGACCCUUACCACAAGAAGAGAAGUGGAGACGAGGGGGCCCUGGACCUCCCUUCCCACCUGAUCACAGGGAAUUCAAUGAGGGGGAUGGCCGGGGAGCAGCCCGAGGCCCCCCAGGGGCAUGGGAAGGCCGCAGACCUGGAGAUGACCGCUUCCCCCGGGAUCCUGAUGACCCGCGAUUUCGAGGGCGCAGGGAAGAGAGCUUUAGAAGAGGUGCUCCCCCAAGACACGAAGGCCGCGCUCCUCCAAGAGGAAGGGACAACUUUCCUGGUCCUGAUGACUUUGGUCCAGAAGAGGGUUUUGAUGCUUCUGAUGAAGCAGCCCGAGGACGAGAUCUCCGUGGUCGAGGCCGUGGCACCCCUCGAGGACCAGGUCAUGAACACUUUCGGGAUGCUCCCCGACCUGAUCAUCCCCCUCACGAUGGCCAUUCGCCAGCUAGCAGAGAGCGCUCCUCUUCUCUCCAAGGCAUGGACAUGGCCUCUCUACCACCCCGGAAGCGCCCCUGGCAUGAUGGGUCAGGCACGUCUGAACACAGAGAGAUGGAGGCCCAAGGAGGCCCCUCAGAGGACCGAGGAAGCAAAGGCCGAGGGGGCCCAGGACCUUCCCAGAGAGUGCCAAAAUCCAGCCGUUCCAGCUCUUUGGAUGGAGACCACCAUGAUGGAUACCACAGAGAUGAACCUUUUGGUGGCCCUCCAGGCAGCAGCUCAUCCUCUCGAGGGGCCCGGAGUGGCAGUAACUGGGGUAGAGGGAGUAACAUGAACUCUGGCCCUCCAAGGCGAGGCACUUCAAGAGGUAGUGGGAGGGGCCGGUAGGAGGGCCGAACAGUCCACUGUCUCUUUGGAUACUAUUUAAGACGUUCUUGUGGGCUCACCACUGAAGCAGAAACAAGCCUUUACCACUGUAGCCCUGACCGCUUCUUCUGGGGCAGCUGAGGUCUAGGAGCCCAGGUGGGGUACUCGAGACGAAAGACUGAUGCCGACUCCCUCCCCAGGGAGUUGGCCCUGCUUUGUCUUGUAUCUCCUCGUUGCUCUGACUCUUCCCGUUUGUUUGUGAAGAUAAAAGCUGGAAUCCUUUUUUUAAGUGUCAUGAGAAAUGGAGCACCUCCACAAAGUUAAGUUCAUGUCCAAUUGGAAAUUUAUUUCUAUAUGUACAGUUUGUCAGAGAAAAAAAAAAUCCUUGUUUUGUAUGAAUACAGAAUGUGAUUUACUGAGUUAACAGCAGCACCCGCUGUGCAGUGCUGGCCUUAAGGAGCCCUUGCUUUCAGCGUCCCUGACCUGCUGAGGGUGACCUUGCUACUGGCACUUCGAACAGAUGGUCAUUUGCCAACUCUGCUUUUCACGUCAUUUUUACCUUUCUGUUGUUACACUGUUCUUGUUAUGCGAUAAGGCAUACUUUAAAAUUGCUCUAACAUGUUCAAGAAGGCUCAAAACCUCAGACAUGCUCUAUGGGGUCAAAAAUUACUCUGAAGAAAAAUUUGAAUCUUCUGGGUCUUCAACUAGAGGUUCUCCCUUGGAUGCAUCUCCUAGCAGUUUAGCUUUGAGUGGUCACUGAGAGAGAGAUCUGCUGUAAACAACAUUAACUUGAUGCAUCUUAUCAUGCCGUUCAAAGGACGUGGAACAAAGUAUCUACAUUGUGGAAAACAAUCUCUUCUUUCACACGUACUCUGUGAAGAUUUCAGGGUUCAGGGUACAAGAUAGAAGGUACCAGAAAGCUCUUUACUGUGACAAAUUUCUUGCUUUAAAAAUAAAUAAAAAGCUGGGUGGGGAGGCAAAGGCAGACGGGUCU